UGCAAGCAUAAUAUAGGUUUCACCUCUCAGAAACAACACGGCUGAUUUUAGCAGUUUUGUCGUCCGUGAAAAGUUAAAAACAGCUUAUUAUAAGGCAAUGUAAGUACUUCGACCCGUUUACCUGUGACGUGUUUAUCCCCGGUAUUUCUGUUCGGGAUUCGAUCUCGAGUGUCUGGAACACUGUUACUCGAGUUCAGUGCAUGGUUUUCCAGCCAUCGCCACCCGAGAGGAAGUCAAAAGCAGGCACACGGAAUUCCAUUUAUUUGUGCAGCAACUAGGAGAGUAAACUUAAUCCACACAUGAGGAGGCAUCUUACAGGACAACCACACCACUAACUCAGAGCCUAUGGAUCCCACUGACUCUGAAGAAGGAGUGGAGAAGCCAUCAGAGCAGUUAUCACCCAGCUCAAAAGGAAGGCAAAGGAAGAAAAAUUCUAAAUAUCUUGAUUAUGAAACUGAUGACAUGGGUGUCACCGAGUCAGCCACAAACAAAACACCCAGAAAAAACUCGAGCAGUGAAGGAGAAAAUUCUCAAAAGAGUCCAGCAAAAACCACAAAAUCUAAGACUGCUAAACAACCAACAACAGAAGGGGAUGGAGAAUCAACAGAUGAACCAGCUUCAGACCAAACUGUAGCAAAAUGGUCUAAAAACCAAGGAAGACCCAGGAAAAGUGUGUCGAAAGAGACAUCUAAAACAGCUGUCACCACUGGUGGAGACGACCCACUUGGAGAAGCUGGAGAGGCUGUAGUUUUAAAUUCUGUGCAGCAGGAAAAUGGCACAUUAAAGCCAAAGAGAAAGUAUGUCAAAAAGCAGCGUGUCCAGGAAGAUCCACCACAUGAGAAGGAUCCCGGGAAACCUUCGACUGAGCCUGAGGAGAACGUCGGACCAGGUGGCCGUCGCAGGAGAGGGGCUGCUAAAAUGGCAUUGAAGUCAUCAGAGCAGUGUCUUCAGUUAUCACCCAGCUCAAAAGGAAGGCAAAGGAAGAAAAAUUCUAAAUAUCUUGAUUAUGAAACUGAUGACAUGGGUGUCACUGAGUCAGUCACAAAGAAAACACCCACAAAAAAUUUGAGCAGCGAAGGAGCAGAUUCUCAAAAGAGUCCAGCAAAAACUAGAACAUCUAAGACUGCUAAACAACCAACAACAAGUGGGGAUGAAGAAUCAGCAGAUGAACCAGCUUCAGAGUCUGUUUGCCAAACUGUAGCAAAAAGGUCUAAAAAACUAGGAAGACCCAGGAAAACUGCGUCGAAAGAGACAUCUAAAACGGCUGUCACCACUGAUGGAAACGGCCCACUUGGAGCUGGAGAGGCUGUAGUUUUAAAUUCUGUGCAGCAGGAAAAUGGCACAUCAAAGCCAAAGAGAAAGUAUGUCAAAAAGCAGCGUGUCCAGGAAGAUCCACCACAUGAGAAGGAUCCCGGGAAACCUUCGACUGAGCCUGAGGAGAACGUCGGACCAGGUGGCCGUCGCCAGAGAGGGGCUGCUAAAAUGGCAUUGAAGUACUUCCAUCUUUUGGCAAAAGUGGAAUCUCAUCCUACUGAGGAUGAACCCAGCUCCCCGCCACAUGCAAACAGCAAAGACCACGUCUCAGAACAGGGAAGAGGGAAAAGAAGCAAAGGUCGAAAAAGGAAACGUCUAGACAGUGAUGCUGCAGAAGACGAAGACUUUGUACCAGAUAUUGAAGAAGAGGCUGAUGAGAUGGAGGAAGAAGAAGAAGAAUACGAGGAAGACAUCUCAGAUGCAGACUCAGACAUUGUUGAAUAUGGAAGAAGACCAAAAGCUUUUCAUGUCAGCAGGACCUAUCAGACAUGUUCUAAUGGCAGAGGUCUUAAUGGACUCUCUCAUAGUAUCAUAAAUGCUCAUUGGGAGUCUGCUGAGACCACCAGGAAAUUCCGGGAGGAGCACCACAGUAGCUGGGUGUUCCCGGACUGGAUUCCUUCUGCAAAUGAUUGGGAACCUGUUCCACAAAGUGAUCUUGAAGAAUAUCUGCCUCAGGAGCGUCGUUCUGCUACUUUUAAAGUGUCCAGAGAAAAUUUCACAGAGGAGAGCCCUAAGCAGACACUCAGCAGAUUCGAGGCAGUGCCGGCUCACCCAGACCGCUGGGACAUGUUUCUGUUUGCUGGUGGACCACUCUGGACCCUAGAAUGGUGCCCGACCCCUGAUGGUGCUCCUGCCACCCAGUACAUUGCUCUGGCCUGUCAUCGACAGAUGGACGACUUGCAUCACGUAAACCAGACUUGCACAGGACCUGGCCUGGUUCAGCUAUGGGACUGUGGCAAACUGGAAUACAACAACAGACCAGAUGCCCAGCCAGCUCUGGUCUAUGGUCUGGCCCAGGACAAAGGUGUCAUUUGGCAUCUGAAGUGGUGUCCUGCUGGAAGCUGGGAACUUCCCAGCUGUGUCAGGAAGGCUCCCUUCCUGCCCAGGCUGGGUCUCCUGGCUGUAGCCACCUCCAACAGCAUGGUCACCAUUUACAGUAUGCCUCACCCUGAUGCUCUGCUUUCCAACAAAAAAAUUGCUACCUCUGCAAAAGACAACAUAACACCACCAGUAUACAAGGUACGAGGGGUGGUGACACUGAAACUGGGCUCCAUAGGAACCCCUCAUCAUGAGAAGAGUGGAAUGGUCCUGUCUAUGGAUUGGCUGCCUCAAAAACCACAUAACAUAAUGGCUAUUGGAUUCUACGAUGGUAUAGUUGGUUUAUGGGAUCUUUCAACAAAGUCUUCGCUGUUGCGCGUGAGAGAGCCUGGCAGGUCUUUGAGUCUGCUGCCAUAUCGUUGCAUACCUGCUCACAACCACGCAGUCCGGGCUCUGUCCUUCUGUCCUGCUUCCAGAUACCUGCUGACAACAGCAGGUGAGGACCGCUGUGUGAAGACGUGGGACCUCAGGAGGCUCUGUGAUCCCCUCACUGUUCAGAAACGCUCUCUGGUCACUGAGCUCUACUGGCCAUUAAAUGCACCUGGACUUUUGAUUACUGAAGAUUGCUCCUUUGUAGCGAGAGGUUCACAAGGAGUCCAUUACUUUGACCACUACAUGCGUUCCUACUUUCCAAUUCUCAGGAGUACAUCUGUGUGGUCCAUGUCUUAUUCUGAGUGGCUACACUCUGUGUUGUCGACAGACGACCUCGGUGAGGUGAUCUUCGCCAUCUUACCUCACUUGCACUACAAUUUUUCCCAACUCAAACGAGUAACAAUGAGACGUUAUCCUGUCUGCUUAACAACUAUGGUGCCUUGUGAUACAACAGAAGAAAAAAAUGAAAGGAUGGGAGGAGUAGAGGAUGCAGGAGAUGUUGAUGGUGGGGAGGAGGGAGGAUCCCCAGAUGCUACACCUGAGGGAGGAAGAAUUAGAGAUGAAAAAGGUGCUCAUCUGCAAUUCCAGACAUACAAAGAGGCUGUGAAGAAAUACUACCUGCACUACACCGAUGGAAAUAUGAGGAACCUCGUUAAAAUCGAGAAACGAGCUGUUUGGAAACGCAUGAAAAGCACAGAUGGGAAUACAAAGAAUAGCAUGGAUGACAUGUCUUUGGCUGCAAUACACAAGGUACGUUUCAACCCCAACAUGAGCAGCCAUGUUUGGCUUGCAUUUGGGGGCCAGACAGGUCUGGUGAGACUUCACUGUUUGAGGACUUUGAUCAGCCCCAACAUCAACAAGAUGAUUGAUGAAAGCCAGGCUCACUUCAACGAUCUGUACUCUCUAAAAGACCAGACAGAGGCCGUCCAGACAGCAACAGAGGAGCUAUAGCAGGCGCUUUACUUCACCACACAUUCAGGAGGUGGAUCAUCCUGUCACACAAGAAAACCUGCAAACAAUCUUAGUAUUUGCAUUUAUAUUUGAACGUUGUGUAAAAAUCUGAUAAAGUGAUUAUUAUACUCAGGUGUUGUCUAAAAGGGAAAUUAGUUUAAUAAAAAACACAUGGCUGGACCUUGAUGGAGGAUUAAAAAUAUUUUUUGGUGUUAGAGAGCCGCAAGUCUCUCAACACAAACUAGAUUUUAAAUUUUCAGUUUUGAGACUUUAACAGCCGUAAAACUUACAUGAAACCAUUGAGCAACCAGCACUAAACUCCUGUAACAUCAACCCAACCAAAAUCUGUUCAUGUGAGUAACUGUGAACGCGGAUGAGUUUCAUCAAAUGUUCGGAAAGUUAGUUUCUAUGCAUCCCUGAUGCUUGAAUAGCUGGCGGUAAUGUGCCUUAUUUAUUACUUAUAAACAGACUAGUUUUGUUUCUCACAUUUCACCAUCAGGUUAAGUUUUCAUAGUUUUGUUUUUAAUCUUGUCACAGUGACUUCACAGGUUGUUUUUCCUCUGAACAACAGCAGAAGGUUUUUGUUUUCAGUUUGAGGGGAUUAGAUUUUUAUGUAAAUAAACUGCUGUCAGGCUUCACUUUGUGACUUUGAUGGUAAAUUUCGUUGCUUUAUAUUUUCUAAAGUCACCUAGUGACUUUUCAAAGACACAGUUGAGGCAGAGGAGAGGAAGCAGCUCAUGAAAUGAAUGCUUCAUCACCACCUCUUCACAUUCCCUUUUAAUUACAGUUAAUACCCAGAACUGAAAAAUAUUGAUUAGGACAGCAGAUUUAAUGUGUUAUGAUGGAAAUAAGAAUGAGAAUUGACUUAAAUGAUUUUAAACUUGGAUCAUUUCCACAGUAAUUGAUGUCCCAAUCCCAUCACUGACAAGCUAUAAGAUGUAUUCUCUGGUCCUGAAAUAAACAAACUUACAAUGAGCUUCAAAAUAUAAAACUUUACAUUAAAAAAUGCACAGAAUCACAUUAAAACAGCUUAAUGUGUCCAUCUUUCAGCUGCAGCCUUCAACAUGUUAUCAAGUUACCAACCAGACUUUAAUAUUAGAAAUACUCCUAAAUUCUCAACAAAGCUUCAAAACUCCAGAAAAUGUCAUUUUGGACAUUCUCAAGUAACAUUUGUGAAGAAUUACCUUUUGAUAAAACUUUGCUAUGCUUUGAAAACUUUAAAUGUAUUUAUAGUUUUCAUGGCAGGACCGCACAAGCCUUCUUACUUUUCUGCUUUUCUUGGUUCAGCUAGGUACUGUUCGUUUUUCCUUACAGUAGGUGAAUUGUUCAGUUUCUUUUUCAACUAUUUGCGUUUAGUUGCUUGUAUGAUGAAACCUUCUGUUAUUUAGUUAUUCAUAGGGCUGGGCAAUAUAUCGAGAUAUUCAAAUAUAUCGAAAUUUUAUCAGAUGCAGUAUAGGAGGGAAUAUCGUUUAUAUCGAGAUUGCUUAUUUUGAGUUAAAAACAUCUUUUCUUUUGCAUUUUGCACAGCUGUAUUUUUGUUAUGGUCAUUGAAAAGU